GGAGCACGGAAGGACCAAAUGGAACGGAAGGCCGCCUUUCAUCCUGUGCGGGAGGGACGACCUUAGUUUCUUCGCCACGGGGCGCCUGGAGGAUUUCCGGGGACCAGCACCGCGACAUUGGGCCAGGGCUCCGAGGAAAUUAGCUGGGGACUGGGGGUGGAAUUUGGUACAGGUGCUUUCUCGCUAGAUCCUCCUGUCCCUCCCUACCUGUGGCUCAGAUGGCUCCAGGAUAUUGAAAUCUGCUGCUCUGACCCAAGCCCUCAGGCCCGCCCGGGCAGGUGUGGCCCGGUUGUUUGGCUGGCACUGGCCCAUGGGGAGAAAGACAGGCUUGGUGAAGGGAAGUGCAAAGCGAGGAAGUGAGAGAGGAACUCUAGUUUAAGAUUUUAGUCGUCGUGACGGUCGAUAGGCUGGGUGGCGAGUGCACGUGGUGGAGCUAAUGUUCCAGCAACUGGAAUAGGCCGCCCACGUGACUCGGGGAGGUCGCCAGCAAUCCGACCUUUGUGGACCGUCCCUGAUACAGACACGGAGUUGAUCGGCGGGUAGAGAAAUGCUAGGAAAAUCACAGCCGGGCUGCAACUCUUAUCCGACUAACCUUUCUUUUUCUUUUUCUUUUUUUUGCCAAAACUCUUACCUACACUUUCUUCACCUUGUAAAAAGGUCCGCUUGAGAUGAGAGGCUAAGACGGGUUUCAGGGUAAGAAGCCGCCCGCGUCUGAGCAAGGCGCCCACGAAUGUCCAAUCCUCGCCCGUCUCUGGGCUGGGGAGUGAAGGGCAGCAGCAGGAACGCCGAUUUUCCGGCUUCACAAGGACGUCCGGAGCAGGACGCCGGAGCCCGCUGCCCCUGUCCCAGAAUCUCGGUCACGGCGCCGAGGGCUCGCCCCUCCGCCGGCUGGGCGCCAGGGGGCAGCCCCCGCCGCCGCGGGCCAGCCUGGGUUCCCCCUUUAAGGCCACAGGACCGGCGGCCUUAAAGCCGCACCUCCCUCGGUUGCCCGCCCCGGUAACUCGGGAGCUGUGGGUGUGUUCGGAGCACAAAGGGCGGAGCCUGCAGCGACCUCCGGUGGGUUCCCAGACCCCUGCGGCGGCCCCACGUGGGCGCUGCGGGGCCUAGGGGGACACAAGGCGCUAGGCCCCGCCCGGAGAGGCAGUCAGCGCGUGGCGGGGGCGGGGAUUCGGGGCGGGGCGUAGAUGAGACCCCGCCCUCGAGGGCGGAGCCAGAUCCGAGAGGUUUAAGAGGGCAGGGCGCCGGCGGUGCGCCGCUGGACGUGCUGCAGGACCCGCGGAUCCCAGCGCGGGUGUGUGGGGCAGCGCUCACCCCACGAUGCUCAAGCGCUGCGGCCGACGCCUGCUGCUGGGUCUGGCGGGCGCGCUGCUCGCCUGCCUGCUGGUGCUCACGGCCGACCCGCCGCCGCCCCCGGUGCCCGCCGAGCGCGGCCGGCGCGCGCUGCGCAGCCUGGCGGGCCCCGGGGGGGUGGCCCCGGUGCCAGGGCUGGAGGCGGAGGCGGCGGCGGCGGUGGCGCCCGGCGCUCUGGCACGCGAGGUGCACAGUCUGUCUGAGUACUUCAGCCUGCUUACCCGCGCGCGCCGAGACGCCGGCCGACCGCCCGGGGGCGCCUAUCGUCCCGCUGACGGCCGCCCGCGGCCCCAAGCAGAGCCGCUCGCGCCCCAGGACGUCUUCAUCGCGGUGAAGACCACCAAAAAGUUCCACCGCGCGCGCCUCGACCUGCUGCUGGAGACCUGGAUCUCGCGCCACAAGGAGAUGACGUUCGUUUUCACCGACGGGGAAGACGAGACCCUGGCCAGGCACACGGGCAACGUGGUCAACACUAACUGCUCGGCCGCCCACAGCCGCCAGGCCCUGUCCUGCAAGAUGGCAGUGGAGUACGACCACUUCAUCGAAUCGGGGAGGAAGUGGUUCUGCCAUGUGGAUGACGACAACUAUGUCAAUGUUCGGGCCCUGCUGCGCCUACUGGCCAGCUACCCCCACACGCAGGACGUGUACAUCGGCAAGCCCAGCCUGGACAGGCCCAUCCAGGCCACGGAGAGGGUCAGCGAGAACAAGAUGCGUCCUGUGCACUUCUGGUUCGCCACGGGUGGGGCUGGCUUCUGCAUCAGCCGCGGGCUGGCCCUGAGGAUGAGCCCUUGGGCCAGCGGGGGCCACUUCAUGAGCACGGCGGAGCGGAUCCGGCUGCCGGAUGACUGCACGGUGGGCUACAUCGUGGAGGCGCUGCUGGGGGUGCCCCUCAUCCGCAGCGGCCUGUUCCACUCCCACCUGGAGAACCUGCAGCAGGUGCCCACCUCGGAGCUUCACGAGCAGGUGACCCUGAGCUAUGGCAUGUUUGAGAACAAGCGGAAUGCGGUCCAUGUGAAGGGGCCCUUCUCGGUGGAGGCCGACCCGUCCAGGUUCCGGUCUAUCCACUGCCACCUGUACCCGGACACACCCUGGUGUCCCCGCACCACCAUCUUCUAACAGCCUCAGCUGAGACCCCGUCCCCGGGCACCCCUGGUAUCCAAAGGGCCUGGGGACCCCCGUUGUGCCCCCUGGUCCCGUUGUUCACGGGACCCGGGGCUGUGCCUCUGCCUGUGUGCCGGCGCCUGUCUGCAUCGCAGACCGCUGGCCGUCCCGCUCUGCCCAUGAGCAGGCCCAGGCCCAGCCUACCUUCGCCUUCUGAAGUCAGCGGGCUCUGGAGCCAGGCCCGGGAAGGGUUCACGUGAAAGGUCACUUUGGGGGCAGUUGUACAUUACUCUUGGGUCGUCGGGAUGCCCUGCCCUGCGCUGGGCUGGCACAUGCCUCCGAACCCCCAGGACAGUUGAGUCCUGCAAGAGGCUGGGUUUGGGGGUCAGCAGCCCAGUCUCCUCUUCCCUCUUGAGCUCUGGCCUGGGCACCUUAGCUCAGGGUGACAGUGGCCUUUGCCCAGGUCCGGCAGCCCCAGAAGCCCCCACCCAGUGGCUGUGUGGCCAGGGUUCAGGGGCUCCCCCAGCCCUCUGGAUGGGGGUCUUCCCAACCCGCUCUCUCCUUUGUCUCCCCAAGAAGGGGGCCAGAGCUGAGCACGUUAUCUCCUCUCCAAAGUAGAGAGAAAGUCGCCCAUAGUGGGUGUGUCUGUACAUAUUGUGACAGUAUUUUUUUACUGUGUUUGUUUUUCAAAAGAGGGUGAGUAAAAAGGCCGGUGUUUCUGUCUUUGUUUUCGGGGAGCGAGGGAGGGUGUUAUCACUUUUCUGUGGAUUAGAAAAAGCAGAAGUCACAUUGGGAUCCCCUCUGAGGCUGAAGCCAAGAUGUCCAUGCUCCGUGUAUUUAUGUGUCCAGGCACCAACUCUCCCUGGCGACCUGGGUCCCGCCUCCCGCUGGGCGCACCUGGCCCUGGCGUGUGUUCUGUCUCCUGUUUAUGUUUCUGCAAAGACAUAGCUAGGAAAGCGGACAAAAGGGAAAAGUUCUCAGGGAAUCCAAGUGUGGUUGCUAUGGUGACGUCCUUUGCUGUGAAUAAAGGUGCUCUUUGGGGCCAUGUUCUUUGA